GCUUUUCCUCACGGGGGAAGCGUCUCCACGGGCAGGGUGGAGGGAAAGCGGGAUAAGGAGGCUUCAAGCUUGGCACAAAGCCCAGGCAGCCUUUCCACCCCCUGCAGAACUCCCUGACCCUGCUUGCUCCAGCUUCCUUGUGGGAGGAGCAGCCAUGGAGUAUGUCAGCACACGGGGAGGCACCAGGGCCGUGGACUUCGAGGGAGCCCUUUUCUCUGGCUAUGCACCCGAUGGGGGCCUCUUCAUGCCCCAGCACAUCCCCUCGCUGGACAGGGACACCCUGCAAAGGUGGAGCAGCCUUUCCUACCCUGAGCUGGUGAAGGAGCUGUGCUCCCUCUUCAUCCCGGCCACGCUGGUCCCACGGAAUGCACUCAACGAGCUGAUCAACAGGGCCUUCAGCAGAUUCAGACACAAGAAUGUUGUGCAUCUGUCCAGGCUGAAAGAGGGGCUGAACAUUUUGGAGCUCUGGCAUGGUGUUACAUAUGCAUUUAAGGACCUGUCCUUGUCCUGCACAGGACAGUUUUUACAGUAUUUCUUGGAGAAAAAGCAGAAGCAUGUCAAUAUUCUGGUGGGGACUUCAGGGGACACAGGGAGCUCAGCCAUCGAGAGCGUGAGAGGGCAGAAGAACGUGGACAUCUUUGUUCUGCUGCCCAAGGGGUUCUGCACGCAGAUACAGGAACUUCAGAUGACCACUGUCAUUGAAGACAACGUCCAUGUCUUUGCUGCUCAUGGGAACAGCGAUGAAAUCGAUGAGCCGAUCAAGGAACUGUUUGCCGAUGUGGACUUUGUUGGAAAAUACCACCUGAUGAGCUUGAAUUCCGUCAACUGGUCCAGGAUUAUGGUGCAGAUCGCUCACUACUUCUAUGCUUACUUUCAGUGCGCCCCAUCCCUGGAUAUCACCCCGCUGCCAAUGGUGGAAAUUGUUGUGCCAACAGGAGGAGGAGGAAAUAUCACGGCUGGCUGCAUUGCCCAGAAAAUGGGUCUCCCAAUUCGACUUACUACAGUGGUGAACAGCAAUGACAUCAUUCAUAGGACUGUUCAACACGGGGAUUUCUCACUGGCAGAGAGCGUGAAGGCUACGUUAGCAUCAGCCAUGGAUAUCCAGGAGCCUUACAAUGUGGAGAGGAUCCUUUGGCUGCUCUCAGGCUCUGACAGUCACCUGAUAAAAACUCUGAUGGAGCAAUUCAACAUCUCUAAAAGGCUGAAGCUGCCAGAGGAUUUGCACAGAAAGCUCUCCAAGGCUCUGGGAUCAUGCUCAGCCUCUGACCAGGACAUUGUGGGAGCCAUGCGGCGCUGCUGGGAGGAGAACCAGUACCUGCUGUGCCCCCACUCUGCUGUGGCUGCUCACUACCACUACUCACAGCCACACAGCAUCCCCCGGUGUUGCUUGGCUCCAGCCUCUGCAGCCAAAUUUCAGGAUGCCCUUCUCCGAGCUGGCCUGGUUCCCCAGAUCCCUCCUGAAAUCACUGCCCUGACAGCAAUGGAGACCAGGUGCACUCCCCUGCAGCGGGGACAGGACUGGGCACGGGUGCUCCGGGGCCGGAUUGAAGCUGUGGCACAGCAGUGGGAGGCACAGGCGGGUCAGUCUGCACCCCAGGGCAGGGGGGGAUCACUGGGCAGGUAGCCACACAGGCCUGACUACUGGGCACAACUGGACAAUGCCUCAGUGGGCUCAUUCUCCAUUCCCAGAAAAGCUCUGUCUUAUGCUGGGAGUCUCCAUGCAAUGAUUUAUUAGCAAGAAUGCACUUCCCUGUUGAAUUACAUGGACUAUCUCAUAACAUUUUCAGUAAAGAGUUGGAUUAUAUGGACAAUUUCAUCAUAUUUUCAGUAAAGAGCACUGCAAUUGUAUCUCCAUUUUCCUAAUAAAUCAUAGCAGCUGAUUGAAA